CCAAUCAGCACGGGGCAGGGGCGGAAAAUCCGGGACGAUUUAAACCUACAGGGAGUAAAAAGCAAUCUGCUGGAGGAACUCAGCGGGUUGAGCAACAUUUGUGAGGGGAUGGGAAUUGAUAUUUCAGGUCGAGACCCUGCACCAGGACUGAUGUGUCUCUUGUCUCUCUUAAGUUGCAUCUUGCGUCUCCAUUAAGCUCCACAGGAACUCUGCGAGUUGCUGUGCUAGAGGGAGGAAGGGUGGUUCUGGUAGUGGAUGUUGAGAGUUGUAGUUCCCCUGCAGUCAGGCGACUGCUGCAUAAACAAGCGGAAGAGAGCGGAUUAAACUACGUUACCCAUAGAGCCGCCUCGGUUGCCUGCAGUUCCGGUAACCUGAUGUCAUUUUUGCCUUGUUGGAGUCUGUUGUGAGCAGAGAAACGACAGCAGUGCGAGUGUGCAACAAGCACAAUCAUCAGCAAGAUGUCUUAUGACUGUGACCUUGAUGAUAAUGAACUGCUGGAGCUGCUGUUUCAGCAGCAGCCCAGUUCACUUCCAGAUGAGGAGCUCAAUGAUGGGAUUGAAUUCUUGAAGGAUUGGGGCCUGUGUGAGGAUGAUAUGCUGAAUGACCACGACACUGAGGAUUUCUUCAACUCCAUCAUUGGUUCUUUUAAAGAUGAGACCCCCAUCCCAAUGUCCUUGUCUCCACUGGAUAGUGACAGUGGAAUAUCUGAAGAUAACAACAACUGUACCCAUGAAGAUAGUCCAUCGGGCAGUGAUGUCACACUCUCUGAAAGCUUGUCAUUUUCUGAAGUCAUAAAUUCUGACCAUAACUACUCACUUUCCCAGAACUCUCAGAAUGAUGCUAAUUAUUUGUACAGUGUAAGAACUGAGAAGCCUUCAUUAGAAAGGGACAUCUCGAUUGUUUUAGACUGGGAACCUGAUUGUUUGAUUGAAAAUCCACAAGUUCAUCCCGUGGAGGAAAGCUCUGGCCUCGUAACACUCACCAUUGAAGACCAGCAGCAACACUGUAAAACAAAUCAAUAUUGCUUUGAAGAACUGAUUCUGACUGAAGAAGAAAAAAGACUUUUAUCCAAAGACGGAGUGCAGUUACCCACUUGCCUUCCCUUGACAAAGUCAGAAGAACGAGCAUUGAAAAGAAUCAGAAGGAAGAUUCGAAACAAACAAUCUGCUCAAGAAAGUCGCAAAAAGAAAAAGAAUUACAUUGAUGGACUGGAGAGUAGGGUUGUAGCAUGCACUGUCCAAAACCAAGAGCUGCAGAGGAAGGUGCAACAUCUCGAGAACCAAAAUAUGUCUCUAAUUGCACAACUGAGGAAGCUGCAAGCAUUGGUCAAACAAACUAGCACCAAAACUGCUAACAUCAGUACUUGCAUAAUGGUGUUCCUGUUGUCUUUUACACUUAUCAUUUUCCCAAGUAUCAACCCCUUUGGUGCAAAACUAAGAUCGCAGGAAGAGUCAUAUAGUGUACUUUCCAGGACUUUACUUGAUAGUGAUUCAUCUCAUGUACGCUUGGUGCCAAAUGCCCAUAAUCCAGAUGCUGAUCCAGAGAUAACAGAGAAUCAUGGACUGGAUCAGGAGGUUCCUCAACCGUUAAUGUCAACAAGUCAGAACCGCACAUCUGAGGCUUCAGACUUGGGAAAGGCAGAAUCCACUUCAACUUUAAAUAGCAACUCCUCUUCAGACAUGGACAGAACAGUAAAAGCUGCUGUCCAAAGUGAUGUAAGCCUGGGAAGGACAGCUUCCAAAAAUGAAAAGGAUGACUAUAGCAUUUCAUCUUCACCAGUGAAUAAGCCAAACUGGACAGAGCAUACUGCAACAGUGAUAAUAAAAACACAUCCGCGGUCUGACGAAAUGUAACUGAUAUGCAGGAAGUUUCCUGCCUUUGAAUCAUGGAUUGUACAUCAUUUGUUUUUAAAAUUGUGGAGCUAUGUGAGCAUGUGCAUUUCAUAUACUUGGGUACUGUAUAGGUUUGUUCUUUUGAGGUGUUAUUUAGUUGGCAAAAGAAGCCGGGUGUUACAUGUGGAAGGGGUUGGCAUAAAGCAAUUUGUUUAUUUUUCUAAAAUCUCAUAAGUUGUAUACUCAAAUUUUUGCAUAAAGGUGGGAAAUACAAAAAAAAUCAUAUUAGAGAUCUGUUCAAAUAAUUCAACCCUCCAAUAUCACUGUGGGUUUAAAGGUUUGGCUAAUCUUUUAAGCACUUCUGCAACUUCUGUAAAUAAUACUCCCCUGAAAUUUUCUCCCUCAAGUUCCUCUUGAAAGAAAUCUUUCCAAUCCCAAUACAGUAGGCGGAUUGGUUGAAGAGACGACUGUUGUGCACAGCACUGUGAUGCACUCCCAAUACUUCUGCCCCUUCCUAACUCCUAGAUAACUGUGACCCACUGAUGUAUUUGUAGCAUAUUGUUACAGCUAUAAAUGUAAACUUCUGUGAAACAUUCACAUAAUAUACUUUGUUUCAUUUUGUUUUGUUUCUCUUCUGUAUUUGAUUUGGAGCCUGAGCCUGAGAAGUCAAGAAUGCUGCCACUCCAGAUUUUUCUUUGCCACAAUGCCUGAGAUUGCCAAGGCAUUUUUCAUCUCUUCACUUUCAUGUGCUGUGAUGAGUGGCAGUCUCUGUUUGGCACCUUGUUCAUGUGACUCAAAUUGUUUGCUGAGCUAAUUAGAACUCAAACCUAAUUUUCCUUCUGUGUGGCACUGUUACCUAUGCCCUUUUGUUAUCUCAAAUUUGUAAUUUAAAACAAUGCAACAUUUAUAUUAAGUAAUAAAUAUGUGGUUAAUUGUUAGGAAAUGUGACAGCUGGUCAGCUGGUCAGCUGUCUACUAGGGACAUCAGAACAGGUGCAAACCAUUCCUCCUCAAUGCUGUUACACCAUUAAUUUAGUUUAUUUCCGAUUAUGUAUUGGAACUCCAUUUGCCUGCCUUGGUGCCAUCUUUUACCACCCUUUCCUAAACCUGUAUCUCUGUUUUGAGAUUCUCAAUUGGCAUGGUCUCAAAAGCUUUUUGGGGGUAGAUUUCCACUUCCUUUUGUGUGAAGAGCCUGCCUCCUGACAAGUGCUGUAAUCAUUGUGUUAACAGAAAGAGGAGUCAUUGAAGACAUUUUUAAGCAGUCUAUCUGACAAUGGUAGAGUUGACGCUGGUCUUCACAUUACAGCUUCUUAUUUUGGUUGCACUUUAAAUUUUCACUUGCUUACUACUGACGAUCCUGCUGAGCAUUCCCCAGUUACUGGUGCAAAAGACUCACACAAGGCUGGCAGUCUGAUGUAGUACUUCACGAUUUCCAUAUUCCUAUUCCCAGGCCAUUCAGAUUCCUUUCUUUCCCAAAACCCAUAAACCAUGUGCCUCAGCAAUCACUCACCUCUCCCACACCCUCCCUCUGCCCCACUCCACCAUAAACAAGCUGUUCACCAAACAGUUUUGCAAUCAAACAGCAUCAAUUUCUCACUUUUUUUUCCUCCCUCUCAUUGACCCCAAAUAAGUUUAACUGCUAUAUUCCUUUGAAUUACUGCCAGGUGUCUGUAUGCAUUCUGCUGAGAAGUGCUACAGGGUGUAUUAUGUUAAAUACACCAUAUGUGCAAACUGCAGUAGUGCAUGUUGCAGAGUUAUCCCAUGGCUAGUUCCAUAGAGUGUAGGACAAACCUUUCAUGAAGUGGAUUUAGAAUUGGAAGAGAUUAAGAUUUUGUAUCUGGUGAUACCCAUGUUUGUAUCAGUCUAUACCCCCAUAUCAAAGGAUAGAUGCGGUUUAGGAGGGCUUUAUCGCGAUUGGGAGAGGUAAGUAGGUGCAGGCAUGAAUCAAAUAAUCAAAACAGCUCAAUUUAAUUUCUUGAUGGCAGCUAUUUAGUAUGUAGAUCCAAGAAUAACUACUGCAGUUGAUUUUUAUUACUGAUACUGUAUACAAAUGCAACUUACUAGGAUUGGAAUACUGAACCACCCAAGACUCCAUCAGUCAACCAUGGUAGGGAUCAUUUAAGAUAUCUUUAUUAGUCACAUGUACAUCGAAACACACAGUGAAAUGUAUUUUUUUGCGUCCAGUGUUCUGGGCGCAGCCGUACAUUGCCAUCUACUGUUAGAUAAAAGUGGUAAAUUUCAUUAAUUGAAUAUCUGAUAAGAUACAGAGUGACGUCCAUGCAUUAGAAAGUGGUCUGUUACAGCUCUCUGUCAUGAGUUGGAUAAGAUUCUUUAAUAUCUUACAUGUAGGUUAGAACACUUCAGAUGAGCUUUCCUUGAAUUAUAGCUAUGCCAUGUCACUCAGUGCUUCCCAUUCCAACACUGGAUAGUGUAGCACUUUAAAUUGCUUGAAUGCUGCAUAUUUUUAUUUUUCAAAAUAUAUGUAGACAUUGUGGAAUGUCAUUGAUGGAAUUAAAAACAGCAUUUAUCAAAAUGUUCUCAAUUUUUGAAACUCGUUUUCUGUUCAAAGCUGUAAGCUAAUUAGCAUUUUGGGACUUUUGUAGCCAUACUGUACUGAGAGACUUUGCUAUAAUUGUACUAAUAACCUGCCUGAAGCCUUUGUUAAGCCUACUGAAUAUACUGAAGUUUGAAAUAGAGCUGCAUAGUAUACUGUUUCCCCAGUUGAUGAGAUUUAUGUAUGUGUGUAUAUAUAUACUAAAAUAUAUAUUUUCUAAUUAUAUUCUUAGUAAAUCUUUUGGGGUAUUAAAUACUGGUUUCCUCUAAUUUUGUGCUGUUCACAUAAUCAACUACUUCCAAAACACAACCAACUCUCUCGCGUCAUGCUAUAUUGUUCUACUUUGAAAGUGUCACUUCAGUAUUAGUUCCAGACUGUUAGGGCCACUCUCCAAAUAGAACUGGCUGUUGUAGUCCAGGAUAGCUCUAAAUUUUAACAA